UGGACGAUCAUUCUAAACUGAAUAUAUGAAACAUAUGGUAUUCUGCAUUUGCUCAUUGUCCUACGUCUGUUGCUAUAGCAGUAUGCCUCUUACCAACUGCCAUUCUCCUUUUUGACUCAACACCAUCCUUUUUGUGGUUUAAUUCGUACAUUCUCUCUUCUUUUUUGCUGUAUAUUUUAGCAAAACUUAAAAAACCCUGUAGUUUGAACCAAUUCAUCCUCUAAAGUCUUCCAUGCUUUGAUUAUGAACUUGGUAAGCUUUAAAUGGAUUAUUCAAUGGGCAAUCAUCGGAUUAUUGGUAAUUGGACACUCUGAAGCCGCUUUCCGACAUUCUUUUCGUACUUCUGCCCAAGAUGGAUUUGCGAAACGAAAUCGACAGCUUGCAACUGAGCAAAAGUAUAACCCCAAUUAUAAAGGACAAUUUCAAUUAGAUACCUCCAGUAUCACUUUCAGUGAUGGAGUUGUCAGCGGCAUUUUAAAGAAGCAAAUUCCUGAGAAAGUGGAUUUAUUGUUUCCAUUUACAGUAUCGUUCUUACAGGAUGGAAGUACUCGUUUUCAGCUCGAUGAAAAACGUCGUUUGGAAGGAGAUGUUGAUUAUGAUGACGCGAAAGUUCGAAUGGACAGAUUUGAUGUUGCCCAAUAUCAUGAUUUGGGGAGUCGAAUUAACGUUGAUACGGAACGCCCAGAAGUCAAAAUACAUAAUAAGAAGUUAUUGAAAGUUGAUUAUGGCAACGAUCAACGAUUUUCUAUGAUUUUGCAUUUCCAACCAUUUAUGAUUGAAUUUUUGCGUGACGACACUGUCGAAAUUGUUUUAAAUCAGCGUCAAUUAUUGAAUAUGGAGCAUUAUCGCCCUCGCGCAGAACGCACUCGUGAAGAUGAAUCCUUAGGAAUGUGGGAAGAAAAAUUUGAUAAUAUUCUUGACAGCAAACCUCGUGGACCCGAGAGUCUUGGCUUAGACAUCAGCUUUAUCGGCUAUAAGCAUGUGUAUGGUAUUCCCGAACACACUUCGUCUCUUUCCUUGAAGGAAACAAAUAAUUCCGAGACCGGAUAUACCGAUCCCUAUCGUCUAUACAACGUUGAUAUCUUUGAAUAUGAAGUUGACUCUCCUAUGAGUCAGUAUGGUGCGAUUCCUUUUAUGCAAGCCCACAAAGUAAAUUCAGACGUUGGCAUCUUCUGGUCAAACGCUGCAGCUACAUGGAUUGAUAUAGAAAAAGAUUCAAGCUCAACCUCAACUCAUUGGUAUUCCGAAUCAGGAAAACUGGACGUGUUUAUAUAUUUGGGUCCUACUGCUCUGGAUCUUUAUGAGGCAUAUUCGGGAUUAACUGGUCGUACUCAGUUACCUCCCUUAUUUUCCAUAGGCUAUCAUCAAUGCCGUUGGAAUUAUUUUUCUGAGGAAGAUGUCCAAAACGUCGACAAUACAUUUAAUGAAGUUGAUAUGCCGUAUGACGCUAUAUGGUUGGAUAUUGAUUACACAUCUGGCCGUCGUUAUUUUACUUGGGACGAAGCAACGUUUCCCCAUCCUCAAGAAACUUUAAAAAAGUUGGAUUCAAACGGCCGUAAGAUGGUUGUGAUUCUCGAUCCUCAUAUCAAAAACGAUCCCAAUUAUUUUGUUUCUAAGGAACUGUUAGAAAACGGUUUUACUGUAAAGGAUUCAUCUGGUGUUGAAAACUAUAACGCUGAAUGCUGGCCUGGCGAUUCCGUAUGGGUUGAUUUUUUUAACAUGGAAGGCCAGGAAUGGUGGGGUUCUCUUUAUUCUUAUGAUAAGUUUAAAGGUUCUGACAAGAAUCUAUUUAUAUGGAAUGAUAUGAAUGAACCAUCGGUUUUCAAAGGUCCUGAAACAUCUAUGCAUCGCGAUGCUAUCCAUCAUGGCGGUUGGGAACAUCGCGAUAUUCACAAUCUGUACGGACAUGAAUGUAUAAAUAGCACAUAUAGAGGUAUGGUGAAGCGGGAUAAUGGAGUUCUUAGACCGUUCAUUCUUACCCGUUCUUUCUUUGCUGGUACCAAUGCCCUAGCAGCUAGUUGGAUUGGUGACACUUUGGGAACUUGGGAGCAUUUCCGUGGAUCUCUUGCCACAGUAUUGACAAACGGAGUAGCAGGAAUGCCAUUUUCUGGUGCUGAUGUUGCUGGUUUUUUUGGUAAUCCAGAUCCCGAGCUUUUCGUUCGUUGGUACGAAUUGGGAAUUUUCUAUCCCUUUUUCCGAGCACAUGCUCAUAUAGACACUAAGCGUAGGGAGCCCUGGCUUUAUGGAGAACCUUACACAUCAAUGAUUCGAAAUCUGCUGGGAAUUCGUUACCGCUUACUUCCAACUUGGUACACUACAUUUCAUACAACUCAUAUGACAGGCCUUCCAAUCCUUCGUCCUCAAUUUUUAGCCCAUCCAGCAGAUGAAAUAGGGUUUGAUAUUGAUAAUCAAUUUUAUUUAGGUGAUUCAGGAUUACUCAUAAAGCCGAUACUGGAACCUUCUAUUGAUAAAACUGCCGUUUAUAUUGCGGAUGAUGAAACAUAUUAUGAUUUCUAUGAUUUUAAUGAAAUAAACGGAAAAGGUCACCACGUUGUUCCUGCUCCCCUUGGAAAAAUUCCUAUUUUAUUACGAGGAGGUAAUAUUUUGGUCACCCGUGAACGUAUACGACGCGCUUCCGAACUGACUAUAAACGAUCCUUUUACUUUGUACAUUGCAGUGUCUAGCAAAACGGGAUCAGCCACUGGUGACCUGUAUAUGGAUGAUGGAACUUCAUUUGAUUAUACAAAGGGUGCUUAUAUCUCGCGGAAAAUUACUUUCAAGGAUGGUGUACUGGAUGUAUUAGACACUCAUCCACAUCCUCAAUCAGGCAUACGAUAUGCAGAGUCUAUGAAGCAUCUUAAGGUGGAACGUAUCAUUUUAAUCGGUGUCAAUCAGCAAAAGAUUAAGAUUCGUAAGCACGGCAUUUCCGGUGUUAGUAGCUGGGAUGUGAAGGUCGAUACGGAUGGUGUUAUAAAGAAACCUGAUUUGUAUUUAGUAUAGAUCCUUAAUCAAUUAGUAAAUGAUAUCAGAGUUAUUUAUGCGCAA